GACUUCGGAGCCGGCGCACCACCGCACAGGCAUGUGAAGUGCGGCGUGGCGCCGCGGUCUCUAUUAUUUUUCCACCGGCCACGACCACCGCACCAUAUCGCGCCACCGCCGCGCACCGGAAAACGUUGCUCAUAUCGCGGGCGCCACCGUUUCAUUCCGCGGUGAUGCGGUGUCGGCUCACGGCUACGAGAGAAACCAGAACGAAUCACUCGAGCCCAAGUCCAGCUACGUGUCACGACCUAGCUGAGCCCUCCCUCGACGGUUAUCACUUAUCACCACACAUCGCGCAGGUUCUCCUUUGCUGUCGACUGAUACACGUCGGCGCACACGCGGGCUCCAAUCAUUCAGGCAGUAUUUCUAUCCCUGCCUGCCGACCAGCGGACCAGGUACCACCCGACCCGAGUAUCCUCAUCCAACCGUAUUACACAGUUGGAGAUCUAUUUAUAGCCCAUCCAUCCCUUCUAAUCUUAGCAUUACAUUACAUUCCAUCUACAUCCACCGUCAUCUUGUCUGAAAAUUCGUAGCAGUGCUGCUUCUUCCUCUGAUAGUCCGAUUCCCUCGACUCGGUCAGUAUUGAGAGCGUACGUGCCAACAAGAAGAAUAAUAUGGCAAUCCUCAAGAGUUGUUCCGUCGACAGCGACGCGAGUGCCAGGGGCUUUGUUCCGGAAGAGAUCGACCUGGGCGACGACGUGCUCGCCGAGAUCAUCCUGCGCCUGCCCCUGGAGUCCGUCGCGCGCUCCAGGUGCGUCUCCAAGAACUGGUGCGCCGCCAUCGCGGACGGCUACCUCCGCUGCCGGCUCCCCCUGCACAUGUCCAUGAUCUGCUUCCCCGACGACGACGGCGCGCUUGGCGGCGGCGGCAGGCCCGUGUACGCGUGCGCCGGCGAGGGCCGCCGGCUCGAGGUCCGGGACCUUAGCUUCUUCGCGCUGCACGACAGCGUCAUCUUCUGCGACGGGUGCAACGGCCUGCUCCUCUGCCGCGCCCCCGGCUCGCCGGAGUUCUACGUCGUGAGCCCGGUGACCAGGAGCUGGGUGGCGCUCCCGAGGCCGGCCAAGGACGCGCGGCUCUCCGUGCUGGCGUUCGACCCGCUCGGCGGGCAGCACUACCACGUGAUCAACUUCACCGGGUGGCGCGACCGUGGAGCGGCGGUGGAGGUGUUCUCGUCGGAGACGCGGGCGUGGGCCGCGCGCGACGUGGAGUUCGGCGGCGUCCUCGCGGGCUCCCUCUCCGGCUCGGUGCACUGCCACGGCGGCGCUGUGUACUUCCUCGCCUCCGACCCGGACUGCGUCGUCCGCAUGGACCUCGCCGCCGGGGCCGGGCUCGCGUGCACGGUCAUCGACCUCCCCGAGCCGGCGGACGGCGACGGCCGCGUCGCGCACUCCGGCGGCAGGCUGCACUACUUCUGCAGCGACGGCGGGCUGCUCAAAGUCUGGUCCCUCGAGGACGACCGCGCGCGCCAGUGGUGGCGUCUGAAGCACGCCGUGAGAGUCAGCGACGUCGUGGACGGCGGCGGUGGCGAGGUGAGGUUCCUGGCGAUGCACCCGGAGAAUCAGGCGGUGGUCUACAUAUGGUCGCCGUGGAAGGUCGUCGAGUACGACCUGGGCAAGCGAGAGAUCACCGGCGCGGCGUGGGAGUUCGGCAAGGGCGCGAGGAACCGUGUCGUCAAGACGUGGCUCGUCCCGUCCUCGUGCUACCUUUCGGAUUGCUUUGCGGACGAUGGUCCGGUACUGGCGCGCUAAAUUGAGGUGGGUAUGGAGCGGUGAGGUCUGAGCCGUGCCUAACCCAUCGAACCGAGAUUGAAUGAAUCGCUCCGUGGGUUAAUGCACACUGGACGCAGCGAUCCGAUGGUCAACGUGGCUCCAUCCAUUUCCUCCCCUAUUUUUCUUAUUUGUAAAUAUAUUUUACUUAAUGUAAAUAUAUUUUAUAUUAGAUGGAACACU